AUGGAUACUCUCCUGGCACCCGGAUCCUGCGGUGGAUGCGAGGCAGAUGGGCCCGUGCUCGGCGUUUGGUCCACUGCUUGCCCGGGGCAUCCGGUAAUUCUGACGGUUCAGACGCGCAAGUGCAAGCUCUAUGACAUGGGCGAGUUGCACAUGGUGGACGAGGUGGUCUUGCUGGGAACGCUGACCACCGAACCCGCCAAGUGGCAGAAGGCGUGGCCACAGGCGUCAUGGCAGCUCCAUGGGACUCGGGCGUGGCCGCGUUGCUGCAGCAAGGGAAGAAGGUGCACGGCAGCCGCUGCCCCGUUGUGA